UUUCCCCAUAAGCAAGAAAACAAGUGAGUAUUACUCUCCAUUCAUUCAUAAAAAAAACCAACCCCAUUCUGUUCUCAUUUCUCAGGAAAGACUUUACUAUUUUAAGCGAUUCAAUAUCACUGAGAAUAAGCUCUACUUCUCGAUGACUAUGAUGCAGAUGCAAUUAGGUUCAUCUUCAUUUGAUCAAGAAAACAAGAUCUUUGGAAUGAUGGCUAAUGAUCAUCAUCAUAAAGCAGAAGAAGAAGAUGAUGAUUCAUUUUCAUCGGAUGUUUCGAGUGUUGUAUCGUCAGAUGAUGAAUCUGACGAUGCAUUUGAAGAUAGUUGUCCUUCUACGGAUGAUAGUCAUGCCUUGGGUGACAUGUCAGAUCUACUUCAACAACUUCCCUCCAAGAGAGGAUUAUCUAAGCACUUUCAAGGGAAAUCACAAUCUUUCACAUCUCUAUCAAAAGUGAUAUGUUUACAAGAUCUUGCAAAACCAGAAAACCCUUACAACAAGAAACUAAAAUCAUGCAAAAGUUAUGUUGGAUUGUCAAGAAUGCUACCACCACCUACAAGAAGUGCAUCUUCUUCAAAGCUUUUUAAUAAAAAGACAUCUUCUUCAAGGGCUUGUUGUUCUUCAUUAAGUUAUGGUAGUAGGCCACCUACACAUCCAUCUCAUAGUAAUGGUACUACAAGUGCUAGUGGCUUUUCAAAUCAAACUCCUUUGUUUGUUUGAGACAAUCAUACAUAUAUAUAUAUAUGUAAUGUUAGAUUCUUAUCAUUAAUUUGUUGCGAUUUGCGGAGAGAUUGUGUUGAUCAUCACACGUAUUUGUAUUAAGUAUUUGAGAUACAAUACGAUCAUUGUGUAUAUAUUACUCGUAAUAUUAGAUUUAUUUACGGGAA